AUGGCAGCAUUUUCUGUACCCGGUGGCUUGUCACAUCAGCUUGAUCAAUUGCCAUCGUUGACAUUUCAAAACAUCAUCACCGGUGCAGUUGUAUUUCCACUACUCUAUAUCUUGCUCAAAGCUGUUUACAAUCUCUACCUAAGCCCCUUAGCUGGCUACCCAGGCCCAAAGCUCUGGGCCAUCUCUCGCCUACCAUGGAAUCGCGCAAACAUGAAGGGUCGCAUCAGCUGGAAGAUCCGCGAGCUCCACGACAAGUACGGUCCUGUUGUGCGUAUCGCCCCAGAUGAAAUCUCGUAUACGACAUCUGGCGCGUGGAAGAAAAUAUAUGGACAGCGAAAUCCCGAGUUCGUCAAGGCUCUCGACGGCAGAGGCAUUGCGCCUGCGAGUAUUGGUGGCCAACGUAGCUUGAUGACGGAGCACCAAGACAGACAUCUGAGGCUGAGGAGGGCCAUAGAUCCUGCAUUUAGUCAGAGAGCACUACGCGAACAGGAGAGCUACUUCCAAGACCACUCGGACAAUCUUGUUCAGAAGCUGAGGCAACGGUGCAAAGACGGACCCCUAGAUAUGACUACUUGGUACAAUCUCGUCGCAUUUGACAUCGUAUCCGAUCUGGCUUUUGGUGAGCCGUCAGGCUGCGUCAAUAACCCUGAUCAACCAUGGAUCCAAGCCAUACUCGCUCGUGCCAAAGCCAUUGUCUGGUUUCAGCUUGCCGUACAGUAUGGAUUCAUGGGUCUUCUCAACUGGAUGACACCAAAGUACGUUACUGAAUCGAGGAAGAAACAUAUCGCUAUGACUGAGGCCAAGCUUAAGGCGCGAGUUGAAGCUAAAAACCCUGGCAAAGACUUCAUGUCAUACAUUCUCGAAAACGACGAGAAGCUCAACCACCUCGAACUGGUGAUGCUCUCUUCCAACUUCAUUGUAGCAGGUAGCGGCACAUCUGCUGGUGGGAUGUCCGGCUUGACGUAUCUUCUGCUGCGCAACCCAGACAAGUUGGAGAAGCUCAAACAAGAAAUACGCAGUUUGUUUAAAAGCCGCGCGGAUAUGACCCUUCAGGCGGUGACCAGCUCCAAGUACCUGCGCGCCUGUCUCAACGAGGGUAUGCGUCUCUAUCCGCCAACACCGGGUUCGCUGCCGCGACUCGUUCCUGGAAAGGGCGAGAUGAUUGAAGGAAAAUGGGUUCCGGGGGGUUACGCUGUUGGUGUUAACCAGCUGGCGGCCGGCCACUCCGAACGUAACUUCAAGAAGGCGCGCGAGUUCCAUCCCGAGCGCUGGCUCGACGAGCCCGACUCUAAGUUUAAGGAUGACGAUCGUUCUGCAGUUCAGCCAUUCUCAUAUGGUCAGAGGGCUUGUAUUGGAAGAUCCAUGGCCUAUGCUGAGAUGUCUCUCACGAUGGCGAAGUUGGUACGGUAUUUUGACUGGGAGUUUCACGACCCCGAAAAUGAUUGGUGGAACCAGCAAGGCACCUACCUGGUGUGGGAAAAGUUGCCUUUGCAGGUUAAGCUGACGCCUGUGUCCGACUUAGGUGAAUAG